UUGAUACGAUUUGUAGAAACAACUGUAUAUUUAGGAAAUGUUGUCCCUAGUGCCAAAGAUGGAAUCUAUCUUUCUCGCCAUAUUGGUCUAAGAAGUGGAGUUCCACAAAACAUUGGAGCUCUCACAGUGAAUCGACUCUGUGGUUCUGGAUUUCAAGCUCUUGUGAGGACGAGGUGCACUGCUUCUAAGUCUAAUCUCACAAUAAUUAACAAGAGAACAACAAUUGUAAUUCUGAAUAUUUAUGUAACGCGAAAAGAAGCAGAUGAAUUUGCCUUGCGAUCACAGCAAUUGUGGAAGAAAGCACAAGAUGCAGGAUACUACAAAGCAGAGAUCACACCAAUGACGGUGAAGGGCAAAAAGGGUGAAGAGACAUUUGAGGUUGAUGAGCAUCCGCGACCCUCUACAACCAUGGAAACAUUGGCAAAAUUGAAACCUGUCUUUCAAAAAGAUGGCUUAAUCAACGCUGGAAAUGCAUCGGGUAUCUCGGAUGGCGCAGCUGCAAUGAUUGUUGCUGGGGAAGAAUCUGUAGAAAAACAUGGAUUAAAACCUCUCGUACGAGUUGUCGCUUAUGCUGCCGUAGGUUGUGACCCCACAAUUAUGGGUAUUGGUCCUGCUCCAGCUAUACGCCAAGUUCUUGGCCAAACUGGUAUGAAGAUGGACGAUAUCGAUAUCUUUGAGGUUAAUGAAGCUUUUGCACCUCAAGCAUUAGCUGUUCAACGAGAUCUCGGUAUUCCCAUGGAGAAAUUGAAUUUGAAUGGUGGUGCCAUCGCUCUUGGACAUCCUCUUGGUGCAUCCGGAGCUCGAAUCAGCGUUCAUCUCGUACAUGAACUCAAAAGACGAAAUCUCAAAUACGCCAUAGGAUCAGCUUGUAUCGGAGGUGGACAGGGUAUUGCUGUGCUUUUCGAGAAUGUUCAAUAAGC